GACUCGAGUUGGCAUCUUAAAAUUAUUGUAAUUCCAGCAUCUGCACUGGCAUGCUGUUUACCACAAUAACAAGUCUCUAUAAAAAGCUUCUUCUUCCCUACAAAUUGUCCCACUGAUUUCUCCACACCACACAAAUAACCCGCCGCUCUUACCUGCAUUUAUUCUAGAGACUUCCACAGACUCACUGUGAAUCAACAACAUCCCUCGAUCUUCUUGCUUCGAGUUUUUGGUCUCAUUGUUUUAAUUUUGUUGAGAAGAAGAAGGAGAUGGUUGUUGUUGAACACUACAUUAUUGUCACUUUCUUUGCUUCUCUCGCGGGGUUUCUUCUUUUCUUUCUUUUGCGCCGUAAGGAUACCAAGAAGACCAAAAAGGAUGUGGAAGCGUGCAAGAUCCAGAACGACAUUGUUCUUAGCUCUGUCGACAACGGAGAUCAUUCCUCGCCGGACGGCACUGACGUCAUCAUUGUCGGUGCAGGUGUUGCUGGUGCAGCCUUGGCUCAUACCCUUGGGAAGGAUGGAAAACGGGUUCAUGUAAUAGAGAGAGACUUGAUGGAGCCUGACAGAAUUGUUGGUGAAUUACUUCAGCCUGGAGGAUACCUUAAACUAAUUGAAUUGGGCCUUCAAGAUUGUGUGCAAGAAAUUGAUGCACAGAGAGUGCUGGGAUAUGCUCUCUUCAAGGAUGGGAAGAGUACCAAAUUAUCAUAUCCAUUGGAGAAGUUUCAUGCUGAUGUUGCUGGUAGGAGCUUCCACAAUGGGCGUUUCAUCCAGAGGAUGAGAGAAAAAGCUGCUACUCUUCCCAAUGUACGACUAGAGCAAGGAACAGUCACAUCCCUACUUGAAGAAAAUGGGACAAUAAAAGGGGUGCAGUACAAAACUCGGAAUGGUCAAGAACUUAGAGCUUAUGCUCCUCUUACAAUUGUGUGUGACGGUUGCUUCUCAAAUCUGCGUCGUUCUCUUUGCAAACCAAAGGUUGAUGUGCCCUCUUAUUUUGUGGGUCUGGUGUUAGAGAACUGUCAACUUCCAUUUGAAAACCAUGGGCAUGUCAUUCUAGCAGAUCCUUCACCCAUCUUAUUUUAUCCAAUCAGUAGUACAGAGGUUCGAUGCUUGGUUGAUGUACCAGGUCAAAAAGUACCUUCCAUCGGUAAUGGUGAAAUGGCCGACUAUUUGAAGACCAUGGUAGCACCACAGGUUCCUCCUGCACUUCGUGAUGCCUUCACUAGUGCAGUCGACAAAGGAAAUAUUAAAACGAUGCCAAAUAGAAGCAUGCCAGCUGAUCCUCAACCUACUCCUGGAGCUCUUCUAAUGGGUGAUGCUUUCAACAUGCGUCAUCCUUUAACUGGUGGUGGAAUGACUGUGGCAUUAUCUGAUAUUGUUGUUCUUCGGAAUCUUCUUAAGCCCCUGAAAGACUUUAAUGAUGCAGCUUCCCUAAGCAGAUAUCUUGAAUCCUUCUACACCUUACGAAAACCAGUGGCAUCAACAAUAAAUACUCUGGCAGGUGCCCUGUACAAGGUGUUUUCUUCUUCCCCUGAUCAAGCAAGGAAGGAAAUGCGUCAAGCAUGUUUUGACUAUCUAAGCCUUGGAGGUAUUUUUUCAACUGGACCAGUGGCCUUACUUUCUGGUCUAAAUCCUCGCCCUUUGAGUUUAGUUCUCCAUUUCUUUGCUGUGGCAAUUUUUGGUGUUGGUCGCUUACUAGUACCAUUUCCUUCGCCUAAGCGCAUUUGGAUUGGAGCUAGAUUAAUUUCGAGUGCAUCAGGUAUUAUUUUCCCCAUCAUCAGGGCAGAAGGAGUGAGGCAAAUGUUUUUCCCUGCAACUGUUCCAGCUGUUUACAGAGCACCUCCUGUUGAUUGACAGGUCAAAGAUUAAAAGGGGAUAAUCUGUGCAAACUGUUCAUCUAAAAAAAGACAUUGUGCAUUUAUUUGGAGUUUACCGGAUGGCUGAAAAUAAUUCUGUAAUUGUAUAAUGUUAGAUAAUUUUCUUGAGGCUGUUUAGUACGCUUCCCAGAUUUUUCGGUCGUGAACAACUUAUUAUAUUAAAUUUAUAUUUUUCAA